GAACGCAGCAGCAGCACCCUGGUCUGAGCGGGUCUGGACUCCAGAAGCUGGACUACGUCAACAGGAGAGGGGAGACCGUCCCAGCCCUCAGAGGAGCUGAGCGGAGGCGGCGCGCUGCCGUCGCUCCCAAACAUCCCCAAAGUCGACACAAGGAGACCAGUUUAACAACAGCAGCAGAAGAAGAAGAUGUUGGCGAGAAAAAGCAUCAUCCCGGAGGAGUUCGGUCUGCCGGGGCUCGCCUCCCGCAUGCCCCGCAAGCCGGUGUUCAGGGACCGCGUGAACAAAGCGCGCUUCAUCGCCAAAAACGGCUCGUGCAACCUGGCGCAGAAGAACAUCCGCGAGCAGGGCCGAUUCCUGCAGGACGUCUUCACCACGCUGGUCGACCUUAAAUGGCGCUUCACGCUGGUCAUCUUCACCACGACGUUUGUCAGCAGCUGGCUGCUGUUCGCCAUGAGCUGGUGGCUGGUGGCGUUUGCGCACGGAGACCUGGACACGCAGCGGCAGAACGAGACGCACUGCGUCACCGAGGUCAAGUCAUUCACUUCAGCCUUCCUGUUCUCCAUCGAGGUUCAGGUGACCAUCGGCUUUGGAGGACGCAUGAUAACAGAACAGUGUCCCACUGCCAUCACUGUCCUCAUCAUGCAGAACAUCGUGGGACUCAUCAUCAAUGCUGUCAUGCUGGGUUGUAUCUUCAUGAAGACGGCUCAGUCAAACCGCCGAGCAGAGACGCUGAUCUUCAGCCGUCACGCCGUGAUCGCAGUCAGAAACAACCACCUUUGUUUCAUGAUUCGUAUCGGGGAUCUCAGGAAGAGCAUGAUUAUAGGAGCGACCGUCAGGUUACAGGUGGUGAGGAAGACGACCACACCAGAGGGGGAGGUGAUCCCCAUCCAUCAGAUCGACGUCCAGACAGAAAGCGCCGUGGCCAGCAACAGCUUGUUCCUCCUCGCCCCGCUCAUCAUCUGCCAUGUCAUUGACAAAAACAGUCCGCUGUACGACCUGUCCGCCAUGGAGCUGCAGUGCAGCGACCUGGAGGUGAUCGUCAUCUUGGAGGGAGUUGUGGAGACGACGGGGAUCACCACUCAGGCCAGGACCUCCUAUGUCUCCGAGGAGAUCCAGUGGGGUCACCGCUUCGUCCCCAUAGUAACUGAGGAGGAGGGCGUGUACUCUGUGGACUACUCCAAGUUUGGUAACACAGUCAAGGUAGCGACGCCGCGGUGCAGUGCCAGAGAACUGGACGAGAAGCCAUCCAUCUUAAUCCAGACUCUCCAGAAGAGCGAGCUGUCGCACCAGAACUCGCUGAGGAAGAGGAACUCCAUGCGACGCAACAACUCCAUGCGUAAAGGCGCAGGAAGCACUGGAAACCUGCGCAGGAACAACUCGGGGCUGGUUUCGCCUAAAGUCCAGUUCUUCACCCCAUCCGAGGGAGGCCAGACCCUGAAUGCUGUCACCUGACAUGAGGCCUGCCUCCUACUGGCUGCCCUGCUCCUCCUGGUGGGAAGGAGGAUUAUGGGUGUUGGUGUAUCUCCUGCUCUGAUGGGACUUGUUCUGUCUCUGUUUCCUGCCUUAUCUAGAUUUGUCUCCAAAUACUGUUAAUGUUAGACCAUGUAAAUAUGCAUGGAGUGAACUUCUUCUGGUUUUAAAAAUCAGAAUGAGUGGCUGUUCAACGUGUUGACAUCCUGUUAAGAAAACAUUUCUCUGCACCACCACAAGCUAAAAGCAAAACAUUUUAAGGGUUUUACAUUUUUUUCCAAUCAAUUAUCAUUAAAUCAAUAAAUGCAAACAUUGGGCCUUCAUGCCCAUUUUGUCAGUUUUGGCGGAGAUAUAUUUUCUUAUUGAUUGAAGUUUAAUUGCUAGUAGUGAUAACUAGUGGCAACCAAUCACUGUACUGUAAAUGUGUAUUUUUCACUUUAUUUUCUCAUAUGUGUUGGGUGACAAUAAAUGCACUUACUCCAUCUGAA